AUGGGUGCAUCAGCCGGUCGUUUGAGUCAAGUUCAAGCCGAAUCCGUUGAGCAAAUGUCGCGUGUGGAUUCCGAAACCAUCUCUCGUUCCGAGUAUGAGCUGUCAUCUUCCGAGUGCUCCGUGGAAAUGGGUAAGUGGGGCAAUUUGGGGAUUGCACAGUGCGAAAAUGCGAAACUUUCGUCUGCACUGUGCGGGAGGAUUGUCUUUUGUUUUUUGCACUGUGCGGUCAUCGCAGAAUUGCGAUAGCGAUUUGCACAGUGCGAUAAAUUUAUUUUUGUCUCAUCGCACAGUGCACGGAAGAGUUUGCGACAUCUUCUGCUCCGCACUGUGCGGCCUAAAUUUUUCUCCAUUGCACAGUGCGAAAAUCCGAGAUCGGAGUCUGCACUGUGCGAGAGGAUUGUCUUUUGUUUUUUGCACUGUGCGGCCACGACAGAAUUGCGAUAUCGAUUUGCACUGUGCGAUAAAUUUAUUUUUGUUUCAUCGCACAGUGCGACACAAUUUUUGCGACGUCUUCUGCUCCGCACUGUGCGGCCUAAAUUUUUCUCCAUUGCACAGUGCGACACAAUUUUUGCGACGUCUUCUGCUCCGCACUGUGCAAACUGUUGUCCAUUGCACAGUGCGCUUCCAAAAAAAUUGCGAUUUGCACUGUGCGGACAAGGCAAAAUUGCGACAGCGAUUUGCACUGUGCGAUAAAUUUAUUUUUGUCUCACCGCACAGUGCACGGAACAGUUUGCGACUUCUUCUGCUCCGCACUGUGCGAUAAAUUUCUUUUUGUUUCAUUGCACAGUGCGACACAAUUUUUGCGACAUCUUCUGCUCCGCACUGUGCAAACGGUUGUCCAUUGCACAGUGCGCUUUCGAAAAAUUUGCGAUUUGCACGGUGCGGAAAGUUUCCUGUUUUCUUUGCACAGUGCAUUUUCUAAACUUUUUUGUCUCAUCGCACAGUGCAUGGAAGAUUUUGCGACCCGUUUUUUAUUUUUUACUGCACAGUGCAAAAAAAAGAUUAAAAAAAAUUUUUUGCUCAUUGCACAGUGCACUUUCAAAUUUACGAAUUGCACUGUGCGUAAAACUUUGAAAACAAAAAAUUUUGCGACUUGUUUUUCUCUGCACUGUGCAAAAUAAAUUAUGGUCCAUUGCACAGUGCGUUUUCAAACAACUUGCGAUUUGCACGGUGCGGAAAAGAUCUUUUUGUUUCUCUUGCACAGUGCGCAUUUUUUUUCUUUCUUUUGCACAGUGCGGCACAAUUUUUGUGAUGUUCUCUGCCUCGCACUGUGCAAAAUAAAUUUUUUGUCCAUUGCACAGUGCGGAUUUGUCAAAAUUUCCAAUUGCACUGUGCAGAUCGCCGGUUUUAAAUUUCUUUGCACAGUGCAAAAUAAAUUAUGGUCCAUUGCACAGUGCGUUUUCAAACAACUUGCGAUUUGCACGGUGCGGAAACCUCUUUUUGUUUGUUUUGCACAGUGCGACGCAAUUUUUGAGACAUCUUCUUCCACGCACAGUGCAAAAUAAACUUCUUCCACGCACUGUGCAAAAUAAAUUUUUUGUCCAUUGCACAGUGCGGUGUUGUCAAAAUUUCCAAUUGCACUGUGCAGAUCGCCGGUUUUAAAUUUCUUUGCACUGUGCAAGCUCAAAAAUUAGUUUUCAAUUACUAGAAUUACAAAUUUAAGCAAGGAAACCAUUUAAAACCCCAUUUUCAGACGAUUUGGAAAACUCGAUCACCGCUCGUUCCGGGGAGUUUGUGGACACGGCCGUCUCCUACCUCUCCCAAUACAGUCCCACGCCGUCCGAGGUGUCGGUGGAGUUGGGCGGGCAAAUCAAGGGUCUGACCGGUCCGUUGCCCGACCCCGUCCAGUUGACGGACCUGCUGCAGACCGCGGCCAGCGAGUUGAGUACGGCCGAGGAUGGGGAGAGUCUGACGACUUGUGCCUCUUUCUCCGACAGUGAGAACGAAUCAGAGUUGAAGACUGGAGUGGAGAGCUUUGGUGAGUUUUUGGGGGAUUUGUGGGUGAUUCAAGUCCCGUUGCGGCAGAACUCUCCCCUUCAGAACUCCCCCCCUUUUUGAACACUCCCCUUUUUCUGAACCCUCCCCUUUUUGGAACACUCCCCCUCAUUUUGAAAAUUGAAUGUUUUACGAUGGAACUUUUUUUCAAAUUGAGAAAAACUGGGUGCGACAAGAUGUCACACAUAAUUUUUUUUCAAUUUGAAAAAAAAAAAUUUCGUCGUAUAACAUGUCACACCUCAUUUUUUCAAUUUGAAAAAAAAUCAUCGUAUAAGAUGUCACACAUAUUUUUUCAAUUUGAAAGAAUUUUCAUCGUAUAACAUGUCACACCUCAUUUUUUCAAUUUGAAAAAAUCAUCGUAUAACAUGUCACACCUCGUUGUUUCAAUUUUCAAAAUGGGGGAGUGUUCAAUAAGGGGGAGAGUUCAGAUUGGGGGAGAGUUCAGAAAAGCGGGGAAGGUUCAGGCUCAACCUUCAAGUCCAACAACUUUUCUGACCGAUUUUGUCACUUUCUGAUCUAAUCCGUCUAUUUAAUUUAGCUCCCCAUCCCUCGGAUCCACGAGCUUUGAUCACCGCUCCCGCCGUUUCGGCCAUGUUGGAGAAGCUGGACCUGCAGACGGCCAGAGAUCAGCUGGAUGACUAUUUGAACACUGCUACGGCGGACGUGUUGACUGGCCGAGACCAGCUGGACGACUACUUGAACACCGCUACGGCGGACGUGUUGACGGCCAGAGACCAGCUGCAUGACUAUUUGAACACCGCCACGGCGGAUGUGUUGACUGCGCGGGGCCAUUUGGACGACUAUUUGAAUACCGCUACGGCGGAUGUGUUGACGGCCAGAGACCAGCUGCAUGACUAUUUGAAUACGGCCACGGUGGAUGUUUGCACCGGAAAAUCGGAGCUGGAUCUGAGCACCGAGGAAGAGCUGAUGACUGCCAUUGAUCUGGGAGGAAGCAAAGGUCAGUUGUGGGGGAUGGGGAAAAUUGGGGCGAAAUUAGAGGAUAGCAAGUCGAGAAAAUGGCAAAAAAUGUGGGUUUAGUCAUCAAAAUGCCAUCUUUUUGUAGAAAUGCCGAUUUUACGAUUAAAAAAUUUGCUUUUCUCAUUGCACAUGCCUUUAUUUUAAAGCUAAUGUCAUGUUAAUACUUUAGAUGUGGCCACCGCCAUGCAGCGCACCGAUUCCUGCGAGACCGGCCUCAGCGAUUUCUCCGUCUCCGACUACGAUGAGGUUGAAGCCGAAACCAAUGUGGAAAUGGACGAGUUGUGGCCUCAGGGUAAGUGCGGACACCCUUUGAAGAAGAAUACACCUUAUUUUCAGCUCAAAUCGGAUUCCUCCAACUCCGCGACAAGAUCGACACCCCCAAGCCGGAGGAAUUGAAUUUCAACGCCGACCCCGUCCCAUAUCUCUAGAAACAGCCGGUUCAGCUCAUGAUUCAUGGAAAUUUUAUUAGUGAUCUUUCGUAAUUUGGCGUAUCUUGCCAAAAAUAAAUGAAUUAUGAAGGAUUUGGAGGGGUUUUUUGAAGAGGUAAAGAGUUGACACCUUGGGUCAAGUGUUCCUCUCGGUUGAAAAAUAGGGCGAAUUUCAUCUGCAAGUUAGAUGAAAAUGGUGAGGAGCAGCUCGGAAACAAACAUUGGAAAAAUUGACUUGAAAAACUCAUUUUUUCGAUUUUUUCCGCGCUGCGCCCAGCCAUUUUCAGCCAACUUUCAGAUAUGAAGUCCAUUGCACAGUGCGCUUUCGAAAAAUUUGCGAUUUGCACGGUGCGGAAAGUUUCCUGUUUUCUUUGCACAGUGCAUUUUCUAAACUUUUUUGUCUCAUCGCACAGUGCAUGGAAGAUUUUGCGACCCGUUUUUUAUUUUUUACUGCACAGUGCAAAAAAAAGAUUAAAAAAAAUUUUUUGCUCAUUGCACAGUGCACUUUCAAAUUUACGAAUUGCACUGUGCGUAAAACUUUGAAAACAAAAAAUUUUGCGACUUGUUUUUCUCUGCACUGUGCAAAAUAAAUUAUGGUCCAUUGCACAGUGCGUUUUCAAACAACUUGCGAUUUGCACGGUGCGGAAAAGAUCUUUUUGUUUCUCUUGCACAGUGCGCAUUUUUUUUCUUUCUUUUGCACAGUGCGGCACAAUUUUUGUGAUGUUCUCUGCCUCGCACUGUGCAAAAUAAAUUUUUUGUCCAUUGCACAGUGCGGAUUUGUCAAAAUUUCCAAUUGCACUGUGCAGAUCGCCGGUUUUAAAUUUCUUUGCACAGUGCAAAAUAAAUUAUGGUCCAUUGCACAGUGCGUUUUCAAACAACUUGCGAUUUGCACGGUGCGGAAACCUCUUUUUGUUUGUUUUGCACAGUGCGACGCAAUUUUUGAGACAUCUUCUUCCACGCACAGUGCAAAAUAAACUUCUUCCACGCACUGUGCAAAAUAAAUUUUUUGUCCAUUGCACAGUGCGGUGUUGUCAAAAUUUCCAAUUGCACUGUGCAGAUCGCCGGUUUUAAAUUUCUUUGCACUGUGCAAGCUCAAAAAUUAGUUUUCAAUUACUAGAAUUACAAAUUUAAGCAAGGAAACCAUUUAAAACCCCAUUUUCAGACGAUUUGGAAAACUCGAUCACCGCUCGUUCCGGGGAGUUUGUGGACACGGCCGUCUCCUACCUCUCCCAAUACAGUCCCACGCCGUCCGAGGUGUCGGUGGAGUUGGGCGGGCAAAUCAAGGGUCUGACCGGUCCGUUGCCCGACCCCGUCCAGUUGACGGACCUGCUGCAGACCGCGGCCAGCGAGUUGAGUACGGCCGAGGAUGGGGAGAGUCUGACGACUUGUGCCUCUUUCUCCGACAGUGAGAACGAAUCAGAGUUGAAGACUGGAGUGGAGAGCUUUGGUGAGUUUUUGGGGGAUUUGUGGGUGAUUCAAGUCCCGUUGCGGCAGAACUCUCCCCCUUCAGAACUCCCCCCUUUUUGAACACUCCCCUUUUUCUGAACCCUCCCCUUUUUGGAACACUCCCCCUCAUUUUGAAAAUUGAAUGUUUUACGAUGGAACUUUUUUUCAAAUUGAGAAAAACUGGGUGCGACAAGAUGUCACACAUAAUUUUUUUUUCAAUUUGAAAAAAAAAAAUUUCGUCGUAUAACAUGUCACACCUCAUUUUUUCAAUUUGAAAAAAAAUCAUCGUAUAAGAUGUCACACAUAUUUUUUCAAUUUGAAAGAAUUUUCAUCGUAUAACAUGUCACACCUCAUUUUUUCAAUUUGAAAAAAUCAUCGUAUAACAUGUCACACCUCGUUGUUUCAAUUUUCAAAAUGGGGGAGUGUUCAAUAAGGGGGGAGAGUUCAGAUUGGGGGAGAGUUCAGAAAAGCGGGGAAGGUUCAGGCUCAACCUUCAAGUCCAACAACUUUUCUGACCGAUUUUGUCACUUUCUGAUCUAAUCCGUCUAUUUAAUUUAGCUCCCCAUCCCUCGGAUCCACGAGCUUUGAUCACCGCUCCCGCCGUUUCGGCCAUGUUGGAGAAGCUGGACCUGCAGACGGCCAGAGAUCAGCUGGAUGACUAUUUGAACACUGCUACGGCGGACGUGUUGACUGGCCGAGACCAGCUGGACGACUACUUGAACACCGCUACGGCGGACGUGUUGACGGCCAGAGACCAGCUGCAUGACUAUUUGAACACCGCCACGGCGGAUGUGUUGACUGCGCGGGGCCAUUUGGACGACUAUUUGAAUACCGCUACGGCGGAUGUGUUGACGGCCAGAGACCAGCUGCAUGACUAUUUGAAUACGGCCACGGUGGAUGUUUGCACCGGAAAAUCGGAGCUGGAUCUGAGCACCGAGGAAGAGCUGAUGACUGCCAUUGAUCUGGGAGGAAGCAAAGGUCAGUUGUGGGGGAUGGGGAAAAUUGGGGCGAAAUUAGAGGAUAGCAAGUCGAGAAAAUGGCAAAAAAUGUGGGUUUAGUCAUCAAAAUGCCAUCUUUUUGUAGAAAUGCCGAUUUUACGAUUAAAAAAUUUGCUUUUCUCAUUGCACAUGCCUUUAUUUUAAAGCUAAUGUCAUGUUAAUACUUUAGAUGUGGCCACCGCCAUGCAGCGCACCGAUUCCUGCGAGACCGGCCUCAGCGAUUUCUCCGUCUCCGACUACGAUGAGGUUGAAGCCGAAACCAAUGUGGAAAUGGACGAGUUGUGGCCUCAGGGUAAGUGCGGACACCCUUUGAAGAAGAAUACACCUUAUUUUCAGCUCAAAUCGGAUUCCUCCAACUCCGCGACAAGAUCGACACCCCCAAGCCGGAGGAAUUGAAUUUCAACGCCGACCCCGUCCCAUAUCUCUAG